AUGUACCCAGAAAACGUUGGAAUUUUGGCCAUCGAGAUAUAUUUUCCGAAGAGGUAUGUUGACCAAAGCAUGCUCGAAAAAUAUGAUGGCGUGUCCGCUGGUAAAUACACUAUUGGAUUGGGCCAAACAAAAAUGGGAUUCUGUGAUGACCGUGAAGAUAUUAAUUCUAUCGCUUUGACCGCUGUCCAAAACCUCAUUGAAAAAUAUAAAAUUUCAUAUAGAGAUAUUGGCCGCCUCGAAGUUGGCACCGAAACUAUUAUUGACAAGUCAAAAUCCGUAAAGACAGUAUUGAUGCAACUCUUUGAAGAAUCAGGGAACACCGAUGUCGAAGGCAUCGAUACCACAAAUGCAUGCUAUGGAGGUACCAAUGCUCUUUUCAACUCCCUGAAUUGGAUAGAAUCAUCUUCAUGGGAUGGUCGUUAUGCUCUUGUCGUUGCCGGUGACAUAGCUAUUUAUGAUUCUGGUCCGGCACGCCCUACCGGUGGUGCAGGAUGCGUCGUCAUGUUACUUGGAAAAGAUGCGCCUAUUGUAAUUGACCGUGGCCUUCGCGGAACUCACAUGGAACAU